UAGUGAGAUUUAAAGGGGCCGCACGGAGCGGCCAGACAGUGAGCAGCCGGGAUCCGGGCCACACACAGCGAGCACUCAUGGAUCCCAGCAUGGAUCCUCCUGUCAUCAAGAGGCGGUGUACCGGCCUGAUCCAGCGCUACAAGCCGGACUCACUGCUGGACCUGAGCGCCAAGAGAGUGGCCGAGACCUGGGCCUUCCAGCAGGUUGAGGAACGCUUCUCACGGGUACCAGAGCCCGUCCAGAAACGCAUUGUAUUUUGGUCCUUCCCGCGCAGUGAAAAGGAGAUCUGUAUGUAUUCGUCCCUUGGGACCAUUGGCUACCAAUCCCUUGACGGAGAGGAUGAAUCCCGGGUCCCCUUCAACCGAGGAUUGCAGCUCCUACAGUCUGGGGCUGUUCAGCGCGUCCUGCAAGUUGGGUUUCACCUCAGUGGAUCUGUUACAGAACCGGGUGAUCCAGAACGUACCUACCAAGUAUCAAUCAGCUUUGACCGAUGCAAGAUUACAUCUGUGAGCUGUGGCUGCGAAAACAAAGACAUUUUUUACUGUGCACAUGUAGUAGCUCUUUCCAUAUAUCGUAUUCGUCGGGCAAGAGGGGUGGAAUUGAGACUGCCCAUUUCAGAGACUCUCUCUCAGAUGAAUAGGGAUCAGCUACAGAAGUUUGUCCAGUAUCUGAUCAGUGAACAUCACACAGAAGUGUUGCCUACAGCCCAAAGACUUGCUGAUGAGAUUUUGCAGCUGGGAUCAGAGAUUAAUAUGGUUCAUGGAGCCCCAGAUCCUACGGCCGGAGCUGGACGCGAGGAUGAUAAUUGCUGGCACUUGGAUGAAGAGCAGAUUCAGGAGCAGGUGAAACAGCUUCUGACCAACGGAGGAUACUAUGGAUCCAGCGCUCAGUUGCACUGCAUGUUUAACAAAGUACGGGAGAUGUUACGGAUGCGAGACUCUAAUGGUGCCCGGAUGCUGAUCCUGAUGACUGAGCAGUUUUUGGAGGAUCCACGCUUAGGCCUGUGGCGGCAGCAGGGAGCUGGCAUGACUGAUAAAAGUCGACAGCUCUGGGAUGAGUUGGGUGCGCUGUGGGUGUGUGUUGCGCUCAACCCCCACUCUCGCCAAGAAGAGAAAGAAUCAUGGCGGGAACUGCUUCUGAAAUGGAAUGCUCUGGACACGUGUCCACUGGAAGAAGGCAACUACAGUGUUGAUGGACUUGGCUCACACUUGCAGCGUCUGAACGGGAACCAAGAACCUGUGGUUCGUCAUACGGUUUUUGCCAGGGCACUAAAAGCACUAGAAUUGCACUGGACAGAUCCUCACCUACAACGUAUACUUCAUGGAGAAACCCAUAUCGCUAGCAGUGGAGUGAAGAACAGCACAGACAAGUUGUUGUACGAUCCACAGGGUCGUCCAUUGUGGCUGGGGGAUCAGUUUCCCAUGGCCUCUGCACGUGUGGAUGCUUUAUACUUUCACGGAUACCCAUUACAGGCCUUUAGGCUUGCUGUAUGUGUUGCAAACACUAUGAGGUUUCUGCGCCAAAACCAGAUAGAAGGUGUGAAACACAGAAAAGAGUUCCCCAUAAAAGAGAGCACAACUCUCACAAAUCUGGAGAGCUGGGUUGGACACCCUUUGGAUCCAAUUAGUCGUAUAUGUCGGGUACUUCUGGACGCAUGCCUGCCGCUGGACGAAUCCAUAGUAAGAGACCCGGGGAAGGUGCCGUACCAGCAUAACCCAGUGCCGGGAGCUCCUGGAGAAUCUUACCUUUGCCUAGCUCUUGAGGUUGCAUUGAUGGCCCUUGGACAGCAGCGAGCAAUGCCGGAAGGUCUCUAUGCCCAGGACAAAAUGGUUCGCAAUGAAGAGCAGCUCAUUAGUGUUUUGGGGACCCUGCAUAUGGGUGAUCGCAUGGUACAAGUACUAAGGAAGCAGGCCAUGCUGCUUUUGGAGGGGGGGCCAUUCAGCGGAUUUGGAGAAGUCAUUUAUCGUGAAAGCAUUCCUAUGCAUACUUUUGCUCGCUUUUUGUUUAACACCCUUCUGCCGCAUGAUGCAGACCUAGCGUAUCAGAUUGCAUUAAGAGCUAUGAGGCUACCUGUCCUUGAAACUCUUCCCCCACACCUUGGAUCCGACCUCUUGCCUCUUGACUCCAUGUUGACCAGCAGGUUCCCCCGUUGGUUCGUCUUGGGACAUCUGGAGACGAGACAGUGUGAACUUGCAUCAGCGAUGUUGACCACCGCCAAGGGAGACCCAAAGUGGCUUCACUCAGUUCUGGCAUCCAUUCAGCAACAUAUCCACUCGCCUGCCAUGCUUUUCAAGCUGGCACAGGAUGCCUGUAAGACUGCAACACCACCCAAUACAUCACCUGACGCCACAUUACUAAAGAUUUCCCUGGAGCUGGGAUUACAGGUCAUGAGAAUGACUUUAACAACCCUGACAUGGAGACGCCGUGAAAUGGUGCGCUGGCUUGUGUCUUGUGCUACAGAGAUUGGGGUUCAGGCUUUAAUAAGCAUUAUGCAGAAUUGGUACAGCCUCUUUACUCCCAUUGAGGCAACUAGCAUUGUGGCGGUUGCUUGUACAUCCCCUGCCACCCUCCUGCGCUUCAGCUCUGACCCUCGUCAACGUGAAGAGUUGUGUUCCUGUUCCCGUGCCUUAGCUCUUCAGUGUGCUAUGAAGGAUCCACAAAGCUGCUCUCUGCCUGCCCUAACACUCUGUGAAAAAGACCACACGUCAUUUGAAUCUGCCUAUCAGAUUGUCCUGGAAAGUGCCAGCUCAGGCCCUGGUGCCCACACCCACCUUUUUACCGUUGCCCGCUAUAUGGAACACCGGGGUCUUCCGCUCAGAGCCUUCACUUUGUGUACUCUGGCUCUCUCCAAUCUGACAAUCGGUUUCAGUCAAGAUGCUCACCCAGCUGUCAGUGACGUCCUGUGGGCCUGCUCCUUGGCUCAUUCCUUGGGCAAAAUGGAGCUGAGUGCUAUAGUACCACUAAUAAUCAAGAGUGUUCAGUGUGCCCCUGUAAUAUCGGAUAUUUUGCGCCGGUGCAGUCUGGCACCUCCAGGUUUGGCACCAAACCUUCAGUCAGCUUCUUCUAACGCAGGGCGAGGACGAGGAACUGGCCUAAGAGCAGAAAAGACUCCUCUAUGCCAGCUACUCGAUGCAGCAAUUGCAGCUUAUGUCAGCAGCACUCACUCACGCCUUACCCACAUCAGCCCACGACACUACGUAGACUUUAUAGAGUUCCUCACCAAGGCCCGUGACACUUUUCUUCUAGCCGCUGAUGGGCAUCAUCGGUUCGCCCAGUUUCUGGAGAACCUGAAGAUAACUUACAGGGGUAAGAAGAAACUGAUGCUAUUGGUGAGGGAAAGGUUUGGCUGAUUGCAAUAUGUAUAAGGGGAGGCUGGAGGAAUCCGUUCUUGAAGACUUGACUUCCUUUCCCUGGAGUGCAGACCUUCCAUGGACAGGAAUGGUCUUCCAUCAAUCUUCUGUCUGACAUUGGACACAUUUCCUGCUGGUGGAAGGGACUCCAGCGAAGGAGAUUUUCGGAAAAAUCCGUGCAGUAUCCUUGUGACUUGCAGAUUUAAAAAAACUUUUUUUUUUUUUUUUUAUUUUAAACUUUCUUUUUAUUUAUAACAGGUACAACUCCUCCCUUUCUUCCACUGCCACAUCCCCUCUACUCUCAGUGGAGCAAUCCGUUAUGUAUAGGCCACAGCUCAUGU